GGCAGCAUGGACAUCCGCAACGACGUCUCCCAGCUCCAGAAGCUGGAGAACUGCUCCAUCAUCGAGGGCAACCUGCAGAUCCUGUUGAUGUUCACCACCGGCGCCGAGGACUUUCGGGGGCUGAGCUUCCCCCGCCUGCUGAUGAUCACCGAGUACCUGCUCCUCUUCCGCGUCUACGGGCUGGAGAGCCUGCGGGACCUCUUCCCCAACCUCUCCGUCAUCCGCGGCACCAACCUCUUCUUCAGCUACGCCUUGGUCAUCUUCGAGAUGCCCCACCUGCGGGACGUGGGGCUGCACAGCCUGACCCACGUCCUGAGGGGCUCGGUCCGCAUCGAACGCAACCAGGAGCUUUGUCACCUCUCCACCAUCGACUGGGGGCUGCUCCUGCCCGACGCCGUGGACAACACCUACAUCGUGGGCAACAAGUUGGCCGAAGAGUGCGCCGACGUCUGCCCAGGCAUCUUGGACGUGGAGAAACCCUGCGCCCAGACCACCGUCAACGGGCAGUUGGAUUAUCGCUGCUGGACCUCCAGCUACUGCCAGAAAGUGUGUCCCUGCGGCGCGGGCUCGGCGUGCACACCGGGGGGGGAGUGCUGCCACCCCGAGUGCUUGGGGGGCUGCGGGCGACCCCGGGACAGCCGAGCCUGCGUGUCCUGCCGCCACUUCCACUUCAACGGGCGCUGCCUGCCCUCCUGCCCCCCGGGCACCUACGAGUACGAGGGCUGGCGCUGCGUCACCCCCGAGUACUGCGCCAGCCUCCGCAAGGUCUCCCACAACCCCCGCGACGCCGCCUCCAAGUUCGUCAUCCACCAGCGGCAGUGCCUCUCCGAGUGUCCCGCGGGCUACACCCGGAACGACAGCAGCAUCUUCUGCCACAAGUGCGAGGGGCUGUGCCCCAAGGAGUGCAAGGUGGGCACCAAGACCAUCGACUCCACGCGGGCGGCUCAGGAGCUGGGGGGCUGCACCCUCGUGGAGGGCAACCUCAUCAUCAACAUCCGCCGGGGAUAUAAUCUGGCCUCGGAGCUGCAGAGCAGCCUGGGGCUCAUCGAGACCAUCACGGGCUUCCUGAAGAUCAAGCACUCCUUUGCCCUCGUCUCCUUGUCCUUCUUCAAGAACCUCAAGCUCAUCCGUGGUGACUCCAUGGUGGACGGGAAUUACACCUUGUACGUCCUGGACAACCAGAACCUGCAGCAGCUCUGGGACUGGAGCCACCACGUCCUCUCCAUCCCCGUGGGCAAGAUGUACUUCGCCUUCAACCCCAAGCUGUGCCUGGCCGAGAUCUACCGCAUGGAGGAGGUGACGGGCACCAAGGGGCGGCAGAACAAGGCGGAGAUCAACCCCCGCACCAACGGGGACCGGGCGUCCUGCAAGACCCAGACCCUGCGCUUCAUCUCCAACGUCACCGAGUCCGACCGCAUCUUCCUCAAGUGGGAGAGGUACCGGCCCCCCGAGUACCGUGACCUCCUCAGCUUCAUCGUCUACUACAAGGAGUCACCCUUCCAGAACGUGUCGGAGUACGUGGGGCAGGACGCCUGUGGGGCUCAGAGCUGGAACGUGCUGGACGUGGAGCUGCCCCUCAACACCGAGCAGGCGCCGGGGGUGGCCCUGCUCAACCUCCGCCCCUGGACCCAAUACGCCAUCUUCGUCCGCGCCAUCACCCUCACCACCGCCGAGGAAGGACGCAACUACGGGGCGCAGAGCGAGGUGGUCUACAUCCGUACCAUGCCGGCCGCCCCAACGGUGCCCCGGGAUGUCAUCUCCAUGUCCAACUCCUCCUCCCACAUCGUGGUGCGUUGGAAACCCCCCACCCAACGCAACGGCAACAUCACCUACUACCUGGUGCUGUGGCAGCAGUUGGCCGAGGACAUGGAGCUCUACGUCAACGACUACUGCCACAAAGGUCUGAAGCUGCCCACCAGCAGCGCGGACACCCGUUUUGGGGACGGGGAUGGUCCCGAGGUGGAGCAGGACGCGGAGGAACGGUGCUGUCCCUGCCGCCCGGCCGACGGGCAGCUCCGCAUGGAGGGGGAAGCUGAGUCCUUCCAGAAGAAGUUUGAGAACUUCCUCCACAACUCCAUCAUCAUCCCCAGGCCACCCUGGAAGGUGACAUCCAUCAACAAGAACCCUCAGAGGACCCCCAAGCGGCGCAGGGACGUGGUGGCCGUCACCUUCCCGGUCAACGCCUCCUCGGUGGAGCCACCAGCCCCGAGCCGUCCCGGAGGGGACCCCAAACCCGACUUCCAGAUCUUCGAGGACAAGGUGGUGCGGGACCGGGCGGUGCUGUCGCGGCUGCGGCACUUCACCGAGUACCGCAUCGACAUCCACGCCUGCAACCACGCCGCCCACACCGUGGGCUGCAGCGCCGCCACCUUCGUCUUCGCCAGGACCAUGCCCGAGUUGCAAGCUGACAACAUUCCCGGCAACGUCACCUGGGAGCCGGCCGGUAAGAACAGUGUCCUGCUGCGCUGGGAAGAGCCCAGGAACCCCAACGGGCUCAUCCUCAAGUAUGAGAUCAAGUACAGCCGAGAGAGCGAGGAGGUCACCACCGUCGUCUGCGUCUCCCGUCACCGCUAUUCCAAGUACGGGGGGGUCCACCUGGCUCUGCUCCAGCCGGGAAACUACUCGGCCAAGGUCCGGGCCACUUCCUUGGCCGGCAACGGCUCGUGGACGGGGCUCAUCAAGUUUUACAUCCUGGGGCCAGCCGAGGAGGAAUCCGGCAGCUUCUACGUCCUGCUCACCGUCACGCCCGUGGUCCUCAUGGUCCUCAUCUCCUGCCUUGCCGUCUUCGUCUUCUUCUACAACAAGAAGAGGAGCAACGAUGGGUAUCCCAGUGGGACGCUCUACACCUCCGUCAACCCCGAGUACUUCAGUGCCUCGGACAUGUACAUCCCUGAUGAGUGGGAGGUGCCGCGGGAGAAGAUCACGGUGAUCCGGGAGCUGGGGCAGGGCUCCUUCGGGAUGGUGUACGAGGGGCUGGCGCUGGGGCUGGUGGCCGAGGGUGAGGAGACCAAGGUGGCCCUGAAGACGGUCAACGAGUUGGCCACCAAGCGGGAGCGCAUCGAGUUCCUCAACGAAGCCUCUGUCAUGAAAGCCUUCAAGUGCCACCAUGUGGUCCGUCUUCUUGGCGUCGUGUCCCAGGGCCAGCCAGCUUUGGUCAUCAUGGAGCUGAUGACGCGGGGGGACCUGAAGAGCUACCUGCGCUCGCUCAGGCCAGACGCCGAGAACAACCCCGGGCUGCCACCGCCGUCGCUGAAGGACAUGAUACAGAUGGCGGGGGAGAUCGCCGACGGCAUGGCCUACCUCAACGCCAACAAGUUCGUGCACCGGGACCUGGCUGCCCGCAACUGCAUGGUCUCCGAGGACUUCACCGUCAAGAUCGGAGAUUUUGGCAUGACCCGGGACAUCUACGAGACGGAUUAUUAUCGGAAAGGGGGCAAGGGGCUGCUCCCUGUCCGCUGGAUGUCCCCCGAGGCCCUCAAGGAUGGCAUCUUCAACACGCAGUCCGACGUCUGGUCCUUCGGGGUGGUGCUGUGGGAGAUCGCCACGUUGGCCGAGCAGCCCUACCAGGGCAUGUCCAACGAGCAGGUCCUGCGCUUCGUCAUGGACAACGGCGUCCUGGAGCGCCCCGAAAACUGCCCCGAUAAACUGUGA